AUGAAUUUCCUCAGAAGCGCUGCCAUUAUCCUGCUUGUAGCACUUUUUUAUAAGUAUUACAGCAUGAAAAACAAGACUAAAAUAUCUUUACUGGAAGGACGUCCUGAUAAGGAGUAUGAUUACGUCAUCAUUGGCGCCGGCUCGGCAGGUUCCGUGGUAGCGGCGAGGCUUUCCGAAGAUAAACAAUCAAAAGUGCUCCUUCUAGAAGCUGGUGGACAUGAUGAUCAAAGUGAAAAUUUUCACAUUCCCAGUAUGUGGACAGAAACUCAGCAGACAAUGUACGACUGGCAGUUUUACACGGAACCAGAAAGCCAGUCUUCACAGGGUCUGAAGGAUAAGAGAGGAAUUUGGCCGCGUGGGAAAGUUCUUGGCGGUAGUAGCAUGCUAGAAUCGAUGAAGUACGGUGUACCACUACAAUAUACACGUGGUAGUCCUUUUGACUUUGAUGAAUGGGCAGUCGCUGGCUGUGAGGGAUGGGGUUUUAAAGAUGUUCUACCAUACUUUUUGAAGGCAGAAGAUAUACAGAUAGAUGACCUAGAAACAUCGAAAUAUCACAGCAAAGGUGGUCCCUUAGCCGUUACACAUGGGUAUUUGACACAGUUAGCCGAGGAGUAUUUAAGGGCCGGACAAGAACUAGGUUACAAUAUAACUGAUUAUAAUGGCGAAGACCAAGGGGUUUUAGUAUAG